GUUUGGGAGAACAUUUUUCUGCUGAUCUCUCAAAACCUCAUAAAAUUGUUGAUUUUAAGGACAGAAAGUCUACUCUUAUUCACCCCAGAUGCACCUCUCAUGGUGAGGAAACGUGUGAGAUGUACUAAUCUUCAUGUGAGAUGUACUGUACUCAGUGUGAUGUCCCUGUCUGUAGUAUUUGUCUUGCCUCGGAUCAACAUUUCGGGCAUAAAUUAGUAAGGAUGCAGGAAAUCCGAGACGAGAAAAGGGAUAAACUCAUCAAAAAACAAACUGAACUCAAAGAGACAAUUUAUCCAACCUACCAGGACAUCGUCUAUGAUGUACAAAGCAGAAUGAGUCAGUUAGAAAAGGAAUAUGGAGAUCUCUCAACAGCCAUAAUAAAACAUGGAGAGGACUGGCACAGAGAAAUUGACAAACUUGUCAAGAAUCUAAAAGCUGAAAUUGAUGAGAUGAAAAACACACAGUUACAAACUCUACAAAAACAUCUGGAUGAAAUAAAAACAAAAAUCUGUGAUAUCAAGGAUGAAAUCAAAUCAGUUGAUAGUGUUCUAGAUUCUACACACAUUUCAAGCCUAUUCAGUGUGCCUUCCACACUUGAUAAAUAUAGAAAGCUUCCAAGAAAAAUUACAGUUUCCCUUCCUAAAUUUACCCCGAAGAAAUUACAAGCAGACCAACUGUUUAGUCUGAAAACUAUUCCGUUAAAAUCAAAUGAACAUGGCUACAGCAUAAAGACAACACAGAAAACACUAAAUGCUGGAUCCUCUCUUCCAAUCAAACAACUGCUUGAUGAACCAGAGACGGUAAACACCAUAGACACUGGGUAUACAGGUAUACUUAAUGCACUUUACAGUGUGGCCUGUCUGAGUGAUGAAGAAAUCUGGACAAGUGGAAAUGACAGAACCAUGAAACUAUUCAGCAUCAAUCAGGGAUCACUACUUAAGUCAAUCACAACCAAGUCAGGGAACAGACCAUAUGAUAUAGCAGUGACAAAAAGUGGAGAUCUAGUUUAUACUGACAUCAAUGACAGAACUGUGAACAUUCUGAAGAAUGAGAAGGUAGAGGGGGUGAUCAGACUACGGAACUGGAGACCUCUUGGUGUAUGUAGUACCUCCUCUGGUGACCUCCUGAUUAUCAUGAUCAGUAAUGAUAUCAAACAAACAAAAGUUCUCUGUUACUCUGGUUCCACAGAGAAACAAACCAUUCAGUUUGAUGAUAAAGGUAAACCUCUCUAUUCAUCUGGUCAUUACGACAGAUACAUUACUGAGAACAGGAACCUGGAUAUCUGUGUGUCUGACUGUGGAGCUGGAGCAGUAGUGGUGGUCAAUCAGGCUUGGAAACUGAGAUUCAGGUACAACGGACAUACUCCUGCUCCAAAGAACAAACCAUUCAUUCCACGAGGAAUCACCACAGGCAGUCAGAGUCACAUCCUUACAGCUGAUAAUAACAAUGACUGUGUCCACAUCAUAGACCAGGAUGGACAGUUCCUUCGUUACAUAGACAGUGGGCUGUCUUGUCCUUAUGGACUGUGUACAGAUACAAAUGACAAUCUAUUUGUUGCUCUAAGUAAAAACAGACAAGUGAAGAAAAUCAAAUACUGUCAAUGAGAUUAUCCAUCACUCUAAAAUAACACAGC